AAAAAAAUCAUUAUUUUUCAAAUAAAAUGUUAUCUACUAAUUCUUUUAGUUCGGAACUUAUUUUGAAGAAAUCAAUUUAAUACACGCGGUGAAUUUAUUCUGCUUUCCACCUGAAAUUCUUCCACUAGAAUCCCCCUUUUGCGUCGGUUUCAAUCCCACCGUUCCUUCCUAAUUCUUUCCUUUUCAGCCUUCCAUUCUCCAUCAAACUUUCUCCAUAUAUAUAAUCCUUUUCCCUUUAGUGUUUCAUCUUCAAUCCAAAUCCAAAUUGCAAAUUUCCAUUUCCCUGUAAUUGUUAUAUUCUCAACCAAAUUCUCAACCCCUUCAUUAGAGCUUUUUUUUGUCUUUUUGAUAUAGAAGAAAACAUGGAGUUUAGGCCUUUAGAGAUCAAUGUUAGAUCUGCCAAAGACCUUAAGGAUGUCAAUCUUUUCACCAAGAUGGACGUGUAUGCCGUAGUUUCAAUCAAUGGUGAUCAUCGUACAACGCAGAAAACUCCUGUUGACAAGGAUUGUGGCUGCAACCCCGAGUGGAAUUACACCAUGAAAUUCACCAUAGAUGAAGCUGCUGUCCAUCAGAACCACCUUAACCUCGUGUUCCGUUUGAAAUCUGAUCGUCAGCUUGGAGACAAAGAUAUUGGAACAGUCUACGUCCCCAUCAAGGAACUGCUUGAUCAAAACAAUGGGAACGGGAAAAUUGAACAGCACGUCAGCUACAACGUCAGGUUGCCUAAUGGAAAGGCAAAAGGUAUCCUGAAUUUCUCAUACAAGUUUGGAGAGAAGUUUAACAAGGCUGUUCCACAACCUCUAGUUCCAGGGCCUGAAGCCAUGUACGUAGACAAACAUGGGGAGAAGCCAGCUAUGGCGUAUCCACCACCACAAACUGGUUAUCCAGGGGCAAGUUCAGGACACCCUCCUCCUCCAGUGGCAUAUCCACCUCCUCCCCAUGGGAUGGCAGGUUAUCCAUAUCCUCCACCUGGUGGAUAUCCGCCAUACGGGUACCAACAGGCUCCAGCUCCAGGUUAUGCAUAUCCAGGGUAUCCCCCUCAGGGUGGAUACGGUUACCCUCCAGUGCAGAAACCGCAAAAGCCUAAGAAGAGUGGCAUGGGAGCAGGGUUAGGAUUGGGAUUGGCUGGUGGAUUGUUGGGUGGUAUGUUGAUUGGUGAUAUGGUUGGAGAUGCGUAUGAAGCUGGUGUUGAAGAUGGGCUUGAUUUUGAUUUCUAAUUGCCAUUUCAAUGUUUUCGUUCUUUUGUUUCUUUUUUUUUUUUUUUUGCUUUGUUUUGAGUUCUUCUUUAGGUUGUUGGGAAUGUAAAUGGGGAUAUUUGGGUUUGAGUUGAUUAAUAAAAUCAAUGCAACUUUUUUUGCAAUGUUCUUGUAUGCACUGAAUUAGUUGCUUUGUAUUUGGUAGACAUUGAAAUUAUUCUUUCAUGUAUGGAAUGAUCACCUUUAAUCCAA